UCGCGCCCGCCUGCGCCUUGUUCUGAAGCUAAGCUAGCUAGAAUCACCUCGAGACGGACAGUGCAUUUUUGUGGAGUAGUGACAAGAAAAUGGCGGAGUGAGUGGGUUGCGCUUUGAAGGAAAGCAGCGACCCUAGGUUUCCGUAAAAUAUAAUACGAACAAAGGAGAACCACAUAAAAGCUGUAACUUUCAUCAAAAAUUUGACAAACAAGAACAAUAUUGCCCCUCUCGCGGAGGUGGUACAAACAGAUUAUCGAACCAGGCUUCGCAGUACCACUGGUGUCAUUUCGAUAGCUCGACGCUAGCAGGCUAGCGACGAGGCACUUGGCGACGGACUAACACGGCACAUUAGAAGUGUUUUCAGAAUAAUUGUUUGGCCUUUUUUCGUGAUAAGUGUUGGGUUUAUUUUGUAUGUUUUUUACUAACUAGCUUGUGAAUAUCGCAUGAGAAUAAGCAAAGUCUGUCCUAGUUCGCUAACAUUACAUUGUUUCAAGUACAUAGCCCACGACCAACCAGGAUUGUAUGUUCACGAUAUGUUCUGAUAACGAGCUGGCCGAGUAGGGGAACCGACGGAGCAGUCCCAGAGAAUACUAUUUUAAACUGAUUGGGGUUGCUCGUGAUUUUGAGGAUAUGGCCAGCAGCAGCGGCUCAAAAGCCGAAUUCAUUGUUGGUGGAAAAUACAAACUUGUCAGAAAAAUUGGAUCUGGAUCAUUUGGUGACAUAUACCUGGCGAUCAACAUCACAAAUGGAGAGGAGGUAGCUGUAAAAUUGGAGUCUCAGAAAGCCAGACACCCACAGUUGUUAUAUGAAAGCAAACUGUACAAAAUAUUACAAGGAGGAGUUGGAAUCCCACACAUAAGGUGGUAUGGCCAAGAAAAGGACUACAAUGUCCUAGUGAUGGACCUGCUGGGACCUAGUCUGGAAGACCUCUUCAACUUCUGCUCGCGCAGGUUCACAAUGAAAACUGUUCUAAUGCUCGCAGACCAGAUGAUCAGCAGAAUCGAGUAUGUGCACACAAAGAACUUCAUUCACAGAGAUAUCAAGCCAGACAACUUUUUAAUGGGUAUUGGCCGUCACUGUAACAAGUGUUUGGAAUCUCCAGUGGGGAAGAGGAAAAGAAGCUUGGCUGUUAGUUCUUCUCAGGACCCAUCUUUCUCAGGAUUAAACCAGUUGUUCCUCAUCGACUUUGGUCUGGCCAAAAAAUACCGGGACAACAGGACACGACAGCACAUACCUUACCGAGAAGACAAGAAUCUCACCGGCACAGCACGCUAUGCCAGCAUCAACGCGCACCUGGGCAUCGAGCAGAGUCGCCGAGAUGACAUGGAGUCGCUAGGCUACGUCCUGAUGUACUUCAACAGAACCAGCCUGCCCUGGCAGGGUCUAAAGGUAGGCCAGGCUGCCACAAAGAAACAGAAGUACGAGAAGAUUAGCGAGAAGAAGAUGUCCACUCCAGUUGAGGUUUUGUGUAAGGGUUUCCCAGCAGAGUUCGCCAUGUACCUGAACUACUGCCGUGGGCUGCGGUUUGAGGAGGCACCUGACUACAUGUACCUGCGUCAGCUGUUCCGCAUUCUCUUCAGGACUUUGAACCACCAGUACGACUACACGUUUGACUGGACGAUGCUGAAGCAGAAAGCAGCCCAGCAGGCUGCGUCCUCAGGGGGACAGGGGCAACCGGCACAAACUCCCUCAGGCAAGCAAACUGACAAACCCAAGAGUAACAUGAAAGGUUUCUGAGCAGUAAGACAAUGAAAGGAAGCAGAGCAGAGUGGCCGUAGCAGGAUUUGCCUUCUAAUCACACCCCGGCAUCUAGGAUCAAAUUCACCAGAACCUGCCAGGCAUUGUGGGCAACCCUUUUUUCCUGUUAAAGAACUAUUCCUUCCAUAUACUAUAUAUGUAAUCGCUCUAUAUAGAUAACAUGCUCUGCAUAUAUCUAUAUAUUGGUAUGUAUAUACUAUAUCCACACAGAAAGCAGGCUUGGUUUUUCCGAAGCUGUAGCCUUCUCUAUUGUCCUGUCCCUGAAGAUUUUUUGUUUCUUCAAAACGGAAAACUAAGAAAUGGUUGGCUCACUGCGGAUGUUUGUGCACCUGCCAAUACUUUCCCCUUGAUACUUUCUCCCUCUGAGAGCUGCUGUUUGGGUGCCUCCCUCACGUCAUGGCUGCCUGUCAGAGCAGCUUUGCCCCCAUUCCCUCUGUCACCGAGUGUGGCAUGAUGACCCAGACACACGUCAGUCAGAUUGAACAUUUGAAACAACCAUUUUCUCUUCCUUAUUCAACUUUUUUCCCUCAUCCUCAAGCAAAAUGAAAGAUGUAAUCUGAAACUGUUUCCUUUAUGAAAAGGUAAUUAAGAUUCUGCCUGCAGAUAUGUGCUAGAAGAGCUUCUAAUGUGAAGAUGAAAACACUAGGUUUCUCUUUAGAAUGCUGCAUUAAUAUUGUACUUCUGAAGUCUCAAACAACAAAUAAAAAAUAUGAACUCCACAAAAGCAUAUUCAUUAUAAAUUAGGCACCACUUGACUAAACCUAUUUGUAAAUUGCUUAGAAAAAAUGAUGCAUCAAUGAAUUUAUUUUGAAAAUGUUUUUGUUUUAUGUAAUUGCUAUGAUGGAUGGCCUCAAUGUUCCGUUUUUGAGACAGACAAACGUGCUCACUCCACCCGCCCUUCCUGUUAUAAUUUAUAUAUAUAUAUAUACACUUUUUUUAAAAUCAGAACUUUUUUUUCCCGUUUUAUAGUCAGUCGUCUUUCCCUGUAUUGAAUUGAUCAUUUUGGGGAAAGGGUGUUUUUGUUACUUUCUAAGGGGAAGCAGAUCCUGUUGUAAAAUACUCUGGGACUUUCUCUCUGCAACUACAUAUUGCUGCUGCAUAGAGUAGCAACCGUUUCCUAAUUUUCCUUUUUUUUUAUUGCGAAGAAAGUGUUGGAGGGUUGUUGUUUUUUUUUAUAUACUUUGAGUCUUGUAAGGCAAGUACCAUUUGGAUUUCAGUCAGCCUGUAGUCACAACAGAUGUACACCAGGGGCAGUUUGUCUCCCCCCCAUUAUUCCCGCUGACCCAGCAUUAGCUAUUUUACAGCUGGACGUUCUAUAAAAGUGUAAUUUAUUCCCUUUUAGCAUGUCAGAAUAAAUUCAAAUGACUUGUCAGCACCACUGUCCCAGUCUGUAAUUUGAAGAACACACUGACUUCUUAUGCCUUAUGCCUGGAUGAUGAUGAUGGCUGUUGAAGAAAGGGAAAAAAAGCAUUUUUUUUGCUUUCCAUUUGCUUGUCUUUACACAUUUACCUGUUGACUACCACACAACCUUAGUAUUGUAAGCAUUUGGAAACUGGAGACAUCGGCAGGAUUGGGGAUAGAUAAGGAAAGACUUUAUUUCAAAGAUAUCAGACUGAUUGCUCUAGAAAAAGGGACACAUUUGUGGAAAUGGUCUAAAAAGGUAUUGCUGUAAUCUAGAAAAAGCAGUUCCUGGUAAAUGAUGUUGAUGGGUAGUUGUAGGUGCUUGUGGUGGUGUUUUGAAAAAAAAAUCUUCCAGGAUUUAUAUCUGUAAAUAUUAAAAUGGCUUCAAAUGGC